CUGUGUUCUGGAGGCUUGACAUGUUUCAAAAGAAGAUGGAGAGAGAGACAUCAUGGAUAGAAGAAGAGGGAGAUCGUUGUGGUAUAUUACAUGGCUCAAAUUCAAACCCCCCCCCCCCGGGGAUGGAUUAUUGCAAUGGAGGCGUGUAACAGCCAUGCCAUUACAUAUGUUCCACUUUAUGACACCCUUGGUGCUAAUGCAGUUGAGUUCAUCAUCAACCAUGCUGAAGUUCCAAUAGCUUUUGUUCAAGAGAACAAAAUCCCUGCUAUUAUACCAUGCCUUCCAAACUGUUCUACGCCUUUAAAAACAAUUGUCAGCUUCACAAAUGUUCACAAAUGUUUCUAGCACUCAAAGAAGGAAGCAGAAGAACUGGGGGUAUCUUGCGUUUCGUGGGAGGAAUUCUUUCAGUUGGGAAAUUCAGAUUAUGAACUACCUCUAAAACAGAGGACUGCUGUUUGCACAAUAAUGUGUAGAAGUGGAACGACUAGAGAACCAAAAGGCUUAAUCGUUACUAAUGCAGCAUUAAUGUCAGAAGUAUUGUCAACAGACCAUA